CUGUCAACAUCUACAUGUACAUGGCGCUCCGAUUUAUCGCUGGUUUUGGUAAUCUGGGUGCCUACUUGAGUCUGUUCGUACUGGUUAUGGAAUAUGUAGGCAAUGCAUGGCGCACACCCGUGACAAUGUUUGUCGCCAUUGUCUUUUCUGUGGGAUACUUUUUCAUCGCCACCGCAGCCAUGCACCUCAGGGAGUGGCGUGCUUUGUCACUCGCGCUCUCUGUCACGUCGGUGGUGCUGUUCAUCCCGACAAUAUUCCUACAAGAGUCGAUCAGAUGGCUGGUUUCUAAGGGCCGGAUUGAUGAGGCCGAAAAGGUCAUCAGGAGGGUGGCCAAGUUCAACAGGAAGACUUUGCCCGAUGCCUUAUUUGAUAAAGAGGACAUCGAAAAGGAAAUGGAAGCAAAAAAGUCUGCAAUUCCCCCGUCUGCCCUUGACCUGUAUAAAACCCCCAACAUGGCGGUCAAGACGCUCAACAUGCAGUACAACUGGUUUGUCAACAGUCUGGUGUACUACGGCCUGUCGCAGAGCACCGGCGAUCUCGGCGUGGACGACUACUGGGCUUUCUUCGUGUCCGGCGCCGUGGAGAUCCCGGCCAUGAUCUAUGCCACCUUUGGCGUGGAGUGGUUUGGCCGGAAAUGGAACACGGGUAUACUUGAAGUGAUCGGUGGUGCAGCUUGUUUGGCGACAAUUGUGAUCCCCACUGGUACUUGGAGGAUCGUGGUGGCAAUGGUUGGCAAGUUUUGCAUCUCCGCAACAUUCGGCAUCAUUUAUCUCUAUUCGACCGAACUGUUUCCCACACCUGUCAGAGUUGUUGGACUGGGACUGUGCUCCGUGGCGGCUCGAAUUGGGGGGAUUCUCUCUCCAAUUAUCCUACUCCUGAAAAACAGUGUGGCCGAUCUCCCUCUCAUUCUCUUCGGCUCCAGCACAGUGGUAGCGGGAUUUCUGGCGCUCUUGUUACCGGAAACGCGCGGCCAGCAGCUCCCCCAGACACUCAAGGAAGGGGAAGAAAUAGGAAGAUGUCGAUGCAUGGGCAGGAACGCGUAUGACGAGUCUAACGCCGAGCUCGUCGACAUGGACGCCGACGGUGAGGGCGUCUUUGCGAUCUCCAACGCAGCCUUCGGUCGUGAAGAAGAGAAGAAAUAUCGCGACUUCUCGCAGCAGUUUUCCAAAGGACUGCACGAGAGUUCACACAUGUAAAACAAAAGGACUUACACGUAGAAAAUGGUAAUUAUUUCUGGUAUCAACAAGCUCACCAAGAUAUCAGGGCAUGCCCCUCUUUUCUGGUAAUAAAUCUUGCAUGAGAGAAAGUUGUGACUUUUCCACAAAUGCAAUAACUGAUACGAUUUUCACGAGUUAUGUGUAAGACAUGUCAACUCUCUAUGAUCAAGUGCAACAUUGAGCACAAACAGAGCUUAAGUGAUUUACUCUGAUGAAUGUCAAGAGUUGAGUCGGCGUUUCAAUACAAGGGUGUCUGGCGAUUUAUGGGCGCUGUUAGAUGUGCAUGGCAAUAUAAACCAUUUUCGAGGCUGACUAGUUGGGAAAGUGUUGCUUUGUUAUUUUUUUUAAACUCUGAGAAAAUCCUUUCUUUCUAAUUCUGUGUCUUAAUGGUUUUUGUUUAUGCGGGAUAAAUAUAGCAAAAUCAUAAAGGUUAGGCCUAUAUAUUUCAGUACCACUUCAGAAUCACGAUUAUUGCCAUUUCGUUUACGCAUUAAACUUAGCAAAUACUUGGUUUCCCCUGGUUUCCUGAUGGGGUUUUGUAAUAACCAUAUUAGGGGCAAUUUGGAGAGCCAGUAUUCAUUGCACAUAGUAUUGUUUUUUUUUCUUGUUUUUCUAUUAGUUGUUUGCAGUUUGCAUGUAGUUUUCGUACUAUUGUUGUGCUUUGAAGUAAUCAAGUGGCCUUUGGGGGCAGUUUCUAAGAAGUUAAUUAUCCUCUUCAAGGAAAAUUGCGCCCUCUCUUGAUCCAGCUCGGGCCUCGUGGCAGUUUGCGCCCACUUGGGUGCUGUUCCUUGCCUCCACGUUUGUGAAAAAAAAUUCAGGCACUGAUACUUUGAACACACUUUAGGAUUUGGCAUUUUUAGCACAACCAUGAUAUUUGGUUAUCACAUGGACCGGACUUUAGAAUUACUGAAAAGAAUCAUUGUAUCUUUUAGCAGAAAAUUUAUUUACUUUUCGCUCCUAUCUACAAAAGCAAACCCACAAAGCAAUUCGACACAUUUUAUUCACUGCAAUAUUUACUCUUUACUCUCAACCAAUGCUAAUACAAGUGAGCGGCAUUUGAUCGCUAUUACUUUAAGAGUACUGACUAACAGUUUACAGAAAAUAAAUAGUGGACCAUUUACAUCCUCCUUUCGAGACAGGUGCGUGUAUUCUUGUCUGUAUGAUAACGGUUUAUAGCGGUAUUUAAACAGGGUAACUAGGAGAGGUUAUAUGUGCAAAGGGCUCUUAACACAUUCCAAACUGAACUGGUAAUAAACUUAUGUUAAAGUAUUAGAUGGGUUACGGGUUUUCCCAUAAUCAAAAUGUACAGAUCAAAUCGGCUUCAGUGUCUCUCACACAACGAAAGGCAGUAGAAACAGAAUAAAGAGUACAGGUUAAAACAUGAUGCUCUGUGCACACGCACAAGAUCGAUCCCAGAUAUUUCACAAUAGUUACACAAUAACUCAUCAAUUUUAAUUAAACAGAAUCAUCGAUACAAAACAAAAUUGUCCUACGUGCAAACCAUGAUACAAUUACUGUCAGGGUAUUUCAGUGUAUCUUUGUGUAGUAUUUAAAGAUGUGAACCAAGAACAGAAACCUGCAAAAAAGCUUCCAUGAAACAUUGGUCAAUAUUUGUGACUGUUCCGGGCGAAAGGCGUGGUGUAUAAAAGUGGUAGAUUUUGGGGGAAACGUAGAAACCGGGACAGGAGUCUGCAAGGGAAUUUUGGAUCAACUCGGGGUAAUUUCCAAGUUCCGCUUGGUUAAUGAGUAAGUCGAGAGAUAUCACUGAAAAGGACUGGUAGAUGUGAACACACUAUGGCUGGAAUUGUCAAAGGAAGAUGCGGCUUCCGCAUACGCGUGUUUAUUGUCCAGCCGCAGACACGGAUUCUUAGAAGGUUUGAUCGGUCGAGUCUCAGUCCACGUUGUUAUACCCAGCAAGAUAUGGCACGGAGGAUUACCCCCCCCGUCCAAACCCUAUACUCACCCUAGACUAUUGUUACCUGACACACACACCCCAUAUGUCU